AUUCUUGACUUUUGCAGAGUCAAACACUUGGAGAAACUUCAGGAAGAAAGUACUUGGUAGAAGAUAAAGCAAGCUGGUCCAUCAGCUCUCUGCCUAUUGCCCUGCUUGUUCUGGUUUUCAUGGUUCUUAGCAUGUUUAUUCUUUUCUUUCUAGUGACCAAAGGACAAGUGCAGAUUUCUUAUUUCCUCUAGGGAGUUGGAGAGAGGCAUCAGGCACAAAAUACAGGAAAUCAUGUGGAGAGGAUCUCGUAUUUAUGGUGGUUCCCACAUCACUUCACUUCCCUCUGCCUCCGCCCCCACCUCCAGCCACACAUAAUCUCCCAGCCUUUUCCUGUAGCACAGAACAGAAGGCAGGUCUCCUCUGCUCCCUGAGAUCUGGAGGCCUGUGUUAGCCCCGAGGAUCUGAAGUCAGGUCUGGUGAAACCCUCCGCCCUCAGCUGUGUGAUUGAAUGGGAUUCACGUCACAUAAGAUUCGCCUUACCUAAGACGUUUUUGGGGAAGAUCUUCAUAAAGGAUUGAAUUUCAGGAGCCUGCCAACUACAGAAGAGAAAGACAAGGCAGCUCAAGCCUGAAGCAAUGAAGUCCCCAGGGAGGAACACUUUGUGCCUCAUACUUACUGUGACUUAUUUUUCCCAAGCUACAUUGAACUUGAAUUUAGAGCCUAUUGUUCAUCCUUCGAUUCUUCAUGAACAAGAACUAGCAGGGGAAGAGCCACUAAGUAAAAGAAGAGCAGUUGCCGCGAGUAGCCCUGCAGCUGAGGAUUACACUGUGGAUAUUGAAAUCAGUUUUGAAAAUGCAUCGUUCCUGGAGCCUAUCAAAGCUUACUUGAACAACCUCAAUUUUCCAGUUCUAGGGAACAGCACUGACCAAAACGCCGACAUUUUGAGCAUAGUGGUGACAACGGUAUGCAGACCUGCUGGAAAGGAAGUCUGGUGCUUCUGUGAACCAGGUUACAGGUGGCCUCGGGAAAGGUGCCUUCGCAACAUCACUUGUCAGGGGCAUGACAGCUCCCUCUCAGGACGCCAUUGCAAUUGCCUUAAACAACUGCCUCCCAAGGGACCUUUCUGCCAGCCCCGGGGAGAUGUUACCCUGAGAAUGUCAGUCAGACUCAAUGUGGACUUCCCAGAAGACCUGAAGAACUCUUCCUCUGCCCUCUAUAGGUCCUACAAGACCGACUUGGAAAUAGCAUUCUUGAAAGGUUAUAGCAUUUUAUCAGGCUUCAAGUCUGUGACUGUAACAGGGUUCAGGCCUGGAAGUGUGGUUGUGCAAUUUGAAGUCAUUGCAACAACACCAUCACCUGAAUCAAUGCAUAAAGCAAAUGAGCAAGUAAAACAGAGCCUCAAUCAAACCUACAAAAUGGACUACAGUUCGUUUCAAGCAGCUACUAGUAAUGAAACUAAGUUUUCUGUCAUGCCGGAAGUCAUCUUUGAAGGGGAUACAGUAACUCUGAUGUGUGAAAAUGAAAUUUUAUCUUCCAAUGUGUCUUGGUAUCAUGUUGAAAGGUCCACCGACAUCCAGAACAGCAGUAGAUUCUCUGUUUACACCAUCGUCCUCAACAACAUGACUUCCGUGUCGCGUCUCACCAUUCACAACGCCACUCAGGGUGACGCAGGUGAAUAUAUUUGCAAACUGACAUUAGAUAUUUUUGAAUAUGAGUCCAGGAAAAGAAUAAAUGUUACUGCCAUUGGAAUUUCGGCAAAUGAAGAAAUGAAGGUGAUGUGUGACAAUAGUCCUAUAUCUCUGAAAUGCUGCAGUGAGAAGAAAGCUAAUUGGAGUAACAUAGAAUGGAAGCAGAAGGGGAAAAUAAACAUUACAGGAACCCCUGAAACAGACCUAGAGUUCCACUGCAGCAAAUAUACCUUCAAGGCUGAUGGAACCCAAUGCCCAAGUGGGUCAUCUGGAACAAAAGUCAUCUACACUUGUGAGUUCAUCAGCGCUCAUGGAGCCAGAGGCAGUAAGGACAUAGAAGUGACUUUCACCUCUGUGGGAGAUAAUUCCAGCCACAAAAGGGAUGCGCACGAGUUCCCAAGGCAUGUGAUGGAAAUGAGUACAGUUCAGAGCACCACUGGGAACAGCCUAGAAAGAAGUAAAGCCCAGGAGCAGCAAGCCAACCUAACAAUAACCCCGGACCCAAUUUCUGUUUCUGAGGGACAAAACUUUUCUAUAACAUGCAACAGUGAUGUCAGUAACUAUGAUGAGGUGUACUGGAACACUUCUGCUGGAAUUAAAAUACAUCAAAAGUUUUAUACCACAAGGAGGUAUCCUGAUGGAGCCGAAUCAGUACUGACAGUUGAGACUUCGACCAGGGAGUGGAAUGGAACCUAUCACUGUAUAUUUAAAUAUAAAAAUUCAUAUAGUAUUGCAACCAAGGAUGUCAUUGUUCACCCGCUGCCUCUACAAGCAAAUAUCUUGAUUGAUCCUUUGGAAGUUGCAGUUCCAUGCAAUGGCUCCUACAGCUUUAAGUGCUGCAUAGAGGAGGAUGAAGACUACAAAGUUACUUUCCAAAUGGGUUCCUUUUUCUUUCCAGCAGCAAAAGUAGUUAAUGAAAAGCAAGUGUGCUACACACACAGUGAGAGUAUCAUGGCACACUCAACUUCCUGGUGUCCAGAAAAUAUUGAGGUGUUUUGUCACUUCACCAAUGCUGCCAACACUUCUGUCCGGAGUCCAUCUAUGAAGCUUAAUCUGGUUCCUGAGAUAAACAUCACAUGCCGAGAUACCGUAAUAGGCGUCGGGGCGCCUGGGAAAGUCAUCCAGAAGCUAUGCCAAUUCUUACAAGUUCCCUGCAGCUCUGGCAGCCUCAUUGGGGGAAUCAUCACUUACAAAUGCGAAGGCUCUGCAUGGAAGGUGAAGAGGAAUGACUGCAUCUCUGCCCCGAUAAAUAGUCUGCUCAGCCGGACCAAGGCUUUGAUCAAGAGCCCCUCUCAGGAUGAGAAGCUCUCUGCAUACCUUCAUAAUCUAUCUAUUAGCACAAACAAGGUGGAACAUGAAAUCAGCUCAUCCCCUGGUAAUCUGGGGGCCAUUAUUAACAUCCUUGAUUUGCUCUCAACAGUUCCAACCCAAGUGAACUCAGAAAUGAUGACGCACAUUCUCUCUACGGUUAACGUCAUUCUUGGAGAGCCCAUCUUGAGCACCUGGAAGAUUUUACAACAGCAACAGACCAAUGAGAGUUCACGGCUACUGGAUUCAGUGGAGCGGUUUUCCCGGGUGUUACAGUCAGGAGAGAGCACCGUUUUGUCCAUCUCCCACACUAAUGUGCAGAUGAGGGGCAUAGUCAUCAAAACUGGCCACCCAAAAAACUACAAACAGAGCUUUGUUUUCUCAGACACUGCCCUUUGGGGCAAAGUAGUUAUUGACAAGCCCCGGUUGGAAAGCUUGCAGCCAGAUUCAUCUAUUGUCACAGUGGCUUUCCCAACUCUAAAAACUAUUCUUACUAGGGACUUUCAGGGAGAGAAUUUUGCAAAUAGCUUAGUGAUGACAACCACUGUCAGCUACCAUAUAACCAUGCCAUUCAGGAUUUCAAUGACUUUUAAGAACAACAACCCUUCAGGUGGGGUACCACGAUGUGUCUUCUGGAACUUCAACCUCGCCAAUCACACAGGGGGGUGGGACAGUGAUGGGUGCUAUGUUAAAGAAGUAGAUGGGGACAAUGUCUCCUGUACCUGUGAUCACCUAACAUCAUUCUCCAUACUCAUGUCCCCUGACUCCCCAAACCCUGGUUCUCUCCUGAAAAUACUACUGGAUAUCAUUUCUUACAUUGGGUUGGGCUUUUCCAUCCUGAGCUUAGCAGCCUGUCUGGUGGUGGAAGCUGUGGUCUGGAAAUCAGUGACCAAGAACCGGACAUCCUAUAUGCGCCACAUCUGCAUCGUGAACAUUGCCGCUUCCCUUCUAGUUGCUGAUAUCUGGUUCAUUGUGGCUGCCACCGUCCAUGACCAUCACUAUCCACUCAACGAAACUGCCUGUGUGGCCGCCACCUUCUUCAUUCACUUCUUCUACCUCAGCGUUUUCUUCUGGAUGCUGACACUGGGUCUUAUGCUUUUCUACCGUCUGGUUUUCAUUCUGCAUGACGCAAGCAGGUCCACCCAGAAAGCCAUUGCUUUCUCCCUUGGCUAUGGCUGCCCUCUUGUCAUUUCAGUCAUCACGGUGGGGGCCACCCAGCCACAGGAAGUCUACACAAGGAAAAAUGCCUGUUGGCUCAACUGGGAGGACACCAAGGCCCUGCUGGCUUUUGUCAUCCCAGCACUGAUCAUUGUGGUGGUGAACGUGACCAUCACGGUUGUGGUCAUCACCAAGAUCCUGAGGCCUUCCAUUGGAGACAAGCCAAGCAAGCAGGAGAAGAGCAGCCUGUUUCAGAUCAGCAAGAGCAUUGGGGUCCUUACGCCACUCUUGGGGCUCACCUGGGGCUUUGGUCUUGCCACCGUGUUCCAGGGUAGCAAUGCUGUGUUCCAUAUUGUGUUUACCCUCCUCAAUGCCUUCCAGGGAUUAUUCAUUUUACUGUUUGGAUGUCUCUGGGAUCAGAAGGUACAGGAAGCUUUGCUGAACAAGUUUUCACUGUCAAGAUGGUCUUCACAGCACUCAAAGUCAACAUCCCUAGGUUCGUCCACACCUGUAUUUUCUAUGAGUUCUCCAAUAUCAAGAAGAUUUAAUAAUUUGUUUGGUAAAACAGGAACGUACAAUGUUUCCACCCCAGAAACAACCAGCUCAUCCCUGGAAAACUCAUCCAGUGCUUACUCAUUGCUCAACUAAGAACAGGAAAAUCCAACCCAUGUGCCCUCUUGAAAACAGUGGAUGUGCUCAGAAAGAAGAGAUCUUUUCCAAAGUUAUGGGUAAAAUGUUUGCUCAGCAGGCUUUUGGGAGUAGAUGCUGAAAAGACUUUUUCAUUAAGGAAGGUUUUUUUGUAAAGACAGACUAAAAGUAAUUUUUAUGUUUGUGUUUGCUUCCCUCCCUUUUCAUGUGACACCAAAUGUGUAUAGUAUUUAAGUGAAACUCAAGCCCCACCCCCCUCCCCCCCAGGCCCAGCUUCUCUGUCUAUAUUGUAAAAUAGAAUUUUGAAGAGACAUUUUCACUUUUCACACGUUGGGCACAAAGAUAAGCUUCCAUUAAAAUAAUAAGUAACAGGUUAGUACUUAAGAAAACAUUCCGGUGAGUUCUAUCUAGGAAGGAAGGAAGGCAAGAUGAAAAAAGAGAAGAAUAAGGAAGCACAACAUUAAGGACCACAUGUUAAGAUGUCCAUGUUAAUGAUCUAAUGUAACUACUCAGAUAGAUAUUGCAACAUUAAGAAUAGAAAAUGGCUCAAAAAUGAAAACUGGAUGUAAGCCAUAGGAAAAGAGCUUGGUAUUUUCAUAGCCAACAGAAAAAAUCAAAAGCAGUGGAGCAGAUUGAAAAGAAAUUACAUUAUGAGGAUGCUUCAAAUGGAUAAUAAUAUUUACAGGAGAUGCGUGGAAGGAAACAUGAUUUCCCUGAUGGUAAACACAUUCAUAUCUACCUUUGUGUGUUAAGAUUUGAGCUAAGUGGAAUGAACCUGCAGAGAAAGUGGGAUAAAGAUACUUUAUCUAAUCCACGCAGGAACAAACUACUGAUCAAAUUUUCUAUAACCAAUAAACCAUUUGCCAUCAAAUUGACCCCAGCUCAUGGUGACUCCCUGUGUGACAGAGCAGAACUGUGCUCCACAGAGUUUUCAGUGGCUGCGUAUUUGGAAGUAGGUCACCAGACCUUCCUUCUUAGACACCUCUGUGUGGACUCGAACCAUCAGCCUUUCAGUUAGCAGCCAGCUCCUUAACCGUUUGCACUACCUAAACCCAAAACCCAGUCCCAUCGAGUCGAUUCUGACUCAUAGCAACCCUAUAGGAUAGAGUAGAACUGCCCCAGACUCCAAAUAUUCUUCAGUUGAUCAGCAAAGCCAUAUAUUUUAGUUCCACGUUUCGAAAAUAAAAAUAUAUAUUUUUGAUACUUAAGAAUUGCCAAAUUUGAUAUAUUGCACUGAAAAGAGACCCCAACUCUCAUGUUUAACAGCUUUAACCAGGUACUUCUCUGUGCAUUAUAGAAUAGAUUUUAAUAAUCUUGUAGCAUUGCAUGUUGUUAUUGUUGUUGUUACUGUUAUUGUUACUGUAGAUUGAAUGGCCCUUGGUGUGUUGUUUAGCUCCCUAUGUAUUACCUCUUUCAGUCCUUAAGUUGCCAGACCAAUACAUUAAGAUUUUCAUAUCGUCUAAUUUGUGUUUUUUUCCAACCACUUGGAACACUCCCAGAGAGAAGUUUUUAUAGCUGGUGAUUUCAUGUUCCUAAUGACACUUGAACUUAUGAACAGAUGACAGAGCUUUUCCUAAGAAACUGAUUGUUUGAGAAUUGUGUGUUCAUUUCAUGUAAAAAUUACAAAUAUUUAUUACAAUUGCAUCCAUAUUAAAGCUAAACUAGGUGCUGUAGAUACACCUACCUUAUAUUCCAAAUCAAAGUCUGACUCCAAGGGGAAAAUAAGACAAUAAAAAAUGUGGGUCUACUUGGGAGCAAUCUGGGCUGUGUGGUCUUCGUGAGGACUGAGAACAUAAAGGGGCCCAGGCUUUAAGAAGAUGGGACCAAAGAAGUUGAGAUUCCACAAGCAUGUAUUGAGGUUCGAAGAGUUUUCUUUUAAUAUGCUCUUUAAAACUUUCUUCCCUGUAUUUUUUGUUUUACAUUAUGUUUCCUCUUCUCUUUUAUUCAUGGGGAGGGAGAGGAAUGGGUGUAAGUGGGAUUGACAGGAGUCCUAAUAAUGGUUAAAGUAGAGGAGCUCCUUAUUUCUACAUAUUCGCAAAAUGAUGUAGACAUUUACUCCCACGUUUGUCUAAGAAUUGUCACAUCACUUUCCCAGCUGAAUAGUGUGUUAUUUAAAGUCCCUACAGGAAAUGAGUCUUAGUCUGUGAGAUGCAGACGAAGUUCACCAGGGAAUUAUCAACUUUGGGCGGAGCUCAGUAUCAAGAAGACAGAGGUAGGGGCUAGGUUGAAAGAUCAGCUGAAUUGGAAUUAGAUUCUAGGGAAAGAAUGACUACUGUGGAAUUAGAGUUGGUGUCUGGAGUUGUAUCAGGGAGAACUGAGCCAGGGUUAAGCACAACAUUAGCCUGGCAAUCUUGACGUCAUCAGUCAGGGAGCGCUCUUGAGUAGGCACUGGUUCUCGUAUUUAAAAAAUGCAAAGGAAUAAGACACACUGACCUUCCACCAACCUCAACCCCUUGGGAAUCAUUGUGGUUGAUGUUGUGAAGGGGAGCCUCCGCUAAUUGAAAGUUCCAUAGGAUGUAGACCUGGACCUCUGCCCACAUCCAUUAACCAAGUGGUGGUUGGCAUAUCCCCACCACACACACACACACACACACCAACAAGCAUGUGCCACCACCUUGCAAGCCACAAUACUAGAUCCAAUUCCAGAAAAAACAUGGAAACAAAAAAUUGGAGAAAUACUUGCUGGUUUUCUGCCCAAAUGCAAGAUACAUAAUUCAACCACUGUACUUUCCCAAAAAGAUCUUAAAAUAAGCAGUAGAAUUCAAAACUAUGAAAGAGAACAGUAGUCCAUGAUUCUGUAAAUUGUAUGAAAGCAGGAGCCUCACUUGGCCCUGAGGUUAUCAACUCUAAAUCAGCAAGGAUUGCAAGACUAUUGGUAGAAAAUUUCUGAGGGAAGGAGGAAGGUUUGGUUCUGACAUGGGAGCAGAGUGAGAAGCAGGGACUUUCCUUGUAAAGGGCUCAGUGAUUCCCCAUGUUCCCGACAUCUCCCAGUGAGAGAAAUUGGUUCCGUGUGCCAAAAUAUCUUUCCAUCAAGGGAACUUCCAUUAAAUCAGUUUUCUUCCAAAAGGGAACCUGUGCUAAUUCCUCAGAGAUUGUGGGAUUGGUACGUUCACAAACAAGCAAUAUAAACUACAGAGAUAUUCUCUGGGAAUAUUACAAAUCCAGGGUAACACAUCCAAGUCUGUCAUCUCUUGAAUGAGUCAUGUAUCUGCCAUCUUCAUAUCCACUUCUUAUUGGUUAUACAGGGAAAGAGGUAAAUCAAGGUCUGUGGGGUUUUCAGGAUGUAGGUGCUAAGGCCAGAAAUCAAGAUACACUGUGUGAAGUCAUAGCCUUUUGUUGUUUGUAUAGGGAACGUCAGAGAGGUCAGCGUUGGAAGAUUUCAGAAAAAAACAAAGAAGUUAUAUGGAGAUGAGAAAGAUUAUAGUAACAAUUAAGUGCAGGUGGGAGGUGGAAGGAGUUAUUCUGAGUGGAGCAGAAAGUUCGUAGUCAUUUGUGAAGACAAAAGGAAAUGAGAGUGGUCCCAGGGGGUAAAAUGGAUUUUAUUCGUGGCAUGUGAUGCUAAUGUCUGCAUCCCAAAGAGAAAGCCUAGAGACUCAAGCCAACAGAAGUCUGAUUCCCAGGUGGCCAAAACAAAGGGGAAGUUUAGAGUGGAUAUAUCAUUCCUAUGUAUUUUUUUGAAACCAACAGGAAAUAGUGUCCUACUAUUUCAAAGAUGUUAAUUUUGAGAUUAGGUGCUGUAGCCUUCUAAAAUUGUGACUUGGGAUUUUAAGUCAUGUCUUAAUAGUAUACCAGCAUACAGCUGUGUUUCCUUUCCAUGCUUGUAACAAUAAACAAUCUAAUCAGAUCUUGUGAAGCUUUCUUUAUAUAAACUCUAUGAUCUUUUGUGGUUCGCUACUACUGCUGUAUCAGGCUUCCCUACAUCAACCAGAAUUUAACUCCGUUCUCCAAACAGUGAAUGAUCCCUUCCAUUUUCCAGGCAUAAGGUGUGCCGGAAGUUCACAGCUGAGCUCGGCUGGCUGAAAGGCUGCUGUCUUUCCUCACACCAUCCACACCCCUACUUGGCAUGUGGUAAUUCAGCAGUUACAGGGGUUUAACAAUAGUUCUUGAAGUAAAGCUAUCAGAACCUAACUGCCUGUGAAACAAAAUAAGUAAAGUUCUGCUCUGACACUGGUGUGUGGCUUGGUUCAAAUUUUCUUUGACAGCUGAAAAUGCAACUCCAUGAAUUCUUUUACUAGCAGAUACUAUAUAUUUGCAAAACCCACUGCUGUCAAGCCAAUUCUGACUCAUAGCAACCCUAUAGGACAGAGUAGAACUGCACCAUAGAGUUUCCAAGGAGUACCUGGUGGAUUUGAACUGCUGACCUUUUGGUUAGCAGCCAUAGCACUUAACCACUACGCCACCAGGGUUUCCAUAUAUUUGCAAUGUGACCCUAUAUUUACUAUAUUAGUUUUCUCUUGCUGUGUAACGUCACAAAUUUAGGAGCUUAAAACAACAUUCAUUUGUUAUCUCACAGUUUCUGUAGGUCAGAAGUCUGGGCACAGCUAACCAAAAGAAAACCAAACCCACUGUUGUCGAGGACAGGGUAGAACGGGCCCAUAGAGUUCCCAAGGCGGUAAUCUUUGUGCAAGCAGAUUGCUUCAUCUUUCUCCCACGGAGCAACUGGUGGAUUUGAACUGCCAACCUUUCUGUUAGCAGCCAAGUGCUUAACCACUACACUACCAGGGCUCCCUGGGCACAGUUAGCUGGGUUCAAUGUUCAGCGUCUCACCAGGCUGAAAUCAAAGUAUCAACCAGACUGUGGUCUCAUCUGCAGAUUUGAGUCAUCUUCCAAGUUCAUUAAUUGCGCUUGUUGGACUGAGGCCCUCAACUCUUAGAG